CUUGCAAGGUUGUUAUGACAUUUGGAUAACAUUUGUUCAGUAUACAUUUUUAAGUUAGGUUUUAAAUAAUAACGGGUUUAUUAUAUGAUUUUCAUUUGUUCAUAUAUUGCAUAUUUACAGGUGUGUGUUUCUCCAAAAGACUGAUCUUAUUUUAAUGAAGAGAUGGAUCAACUUAUUAUUUUCAUUGUUUUGUUGCAAGGUGUUUGGUGUGAAAAUUGGCCCAUCAGUCUGCCAGAGAAGAUUGAAGCUCUGAGUGGAUCCUGUGUGAUCAUAAACUGCACAUUUGAUAUUGAUAUCCCAUAUGACAAAUAUCUCAAUAACAGUGCAGGAGUGUGGUAUAAAGAUAGGCAUAACUUCCUAAACAAUGUAGUGUUUAACUCCAGCAGGCCCAGUCUCUAUUUUAAAGGGGAAAUAACUGGAAAAUUAAAAAGCAAGGACUGUACCACCAUCUUUUAUAAUGUUACUUCAAAUCACAGUGAUAAAUUUAUCUUCAGGAUUGAGGGUAAUGGUCCACUGAAAUAUAUCUAUAAACAAAAAUCUGUUUCAAUAAAUGUGAUUGACUCUCCAUCCAAUCCCACAGUGCAGAUGUUUAAGGAUCAGAUGGAGGUUGAGGUUCAUGAGGUGUUAGAGGGGAGCUCUAUGUGUCUGCGCUGCUCUGCUAAGACUCUCUGCUCCUCUUCUCCACCAACUCUCACAUGGAGCUCCACUGACAGACUCCACCUCAAUGAGAACAGCAGACUACAGCUGGAUCAACAGAAACAAACUGAGAUCAUCUCUGAUCUGAACUUCACUGCUACUCACCUUCAACAUGGAGUCACUUUCAUCUGCACUAUAACCUACCAGAUACAGCAGAGGAACACAACAGCACAAAACUUCAUAACAUUACGUGUUCAGUAUGCAACCAAAAUUUCUCUCUUCAGAUGUAACAGAACUGAUGUAACUGUGUGUUUGUGUGAGGCUCAUGGGAAUCCCUCUCCUAAAGUGAAGUGGUUUCUAUCUGGACGUCCUGUCAGUAACUCUACAAACACAUUCAUCAGUGAGGAGCGAUUGAGCAGCACAGACUUGAGGAGCUUCAUUUCUCUCCAUCAGUCACUUACACACACAGACACUCUGCAGUGUGUCACCAUCAACACUCACGGCAAUGCCAGUCAACAGAUUCAACUGGUUUCCAGUCCUCAGGAGAUGACACAUUGUCAACAGACUUUAAUUCCUUUCCUGAUCAUCUUAACAAUGAUUCUUAUCCUAUAUGCUCUGACUGUUGGAUUUGCACUUUACAGAAUUAGACAAUUGAGCAACAAGCUGAAGGUUCACAAUGAUGCAGGCACAUAUGCUUCUCUUCAGCUCUCUGCUCCGGUGUCUGAAUAUGAGACUUUGAAUAUUAAGAAAGAUGACACACAAUAAACAACAAAUAAACAUUUGGUAAUUUUAUCAGAUUCGUCCCUCUGGAUAUAAAUAAAUAAUUUAUUUUAAUUAAUAAUGAAUAAAACUUACUCUUUCGUGCAGUGCAGCUUUGACGUUAAA